CACACGGGGUAGUCAGAGACAUUUUUUCCCCCUUUUCCGAGUCUCAUUCGUUUUGUUUUGUGUACCACAAACUCUCAAAGAAAUCGCAGAAAGAGAACAACGAAGAAGGAGAAAUGUUGAGGGUUGCAGCUAAGAAGCUUUCUUCUCUCUCCUCAUCUCAAUCAUGGAGGGCUAACUACGCCGCCUCCGCUUUCCUCUCUAAGAACCCUAUCGCACCGACUUCUUCAUCCGAUGAACGUAGAUCUGAUCCCUUUUCGAUCCAACCUGAAUUCUUUCUCCCCUUCAGAGGUUUUGCUUCUGAAUCACUGAUCCGCUCCAAAGAAAACAGCAUUAUUCCUGAUAUCCCCGCAACUGUUGCAGCUGUUAAAAAUCCUUCUUCUAAGAUUGUAUAUGAUGAUCACAACUAUGAACGAUUUCCUCCUGGUGACCCAAGCAAGAGGGCAUUUGCAUACUUUGUCCUAACUGGUGGAAGGUUUGCUUAUGCAUCUCUGAUCCGUCUUCUUGUCCUCAAGUUUGUGCUCAGCAUGUCGGCAAGUAAGGAUGUUCUUGCUAUGGCUUCACUUGAAGUAGAUCUCUCCAGCAUUGAGCAAGGCACUACUGUCACUGUUAAGUGGCGUGGAAAGCCAGUUUUCAUCAGGCGCAGAACAGAUGAUGAUGUGAAGCUGGCAAACAGUGUUGAUGUUGCAUCUCUCCGUGAUCCCCAGCCAGAUUCUGACAGAGUCAAGAACCCAGAAUGGCUUAUUGUGAUUGGUGUUUGCACACAUCUUGGUUGUAUUCCCUUACCAAAUGCUGGGGACUAUGGUGGAUGGUUUUGCCCAUGCCAUGGAUCACAUUAUGAUAUUUCUGGCAGAAUUAGGAAGGGACCUGCACCAUACAAUCUGGAGGUACCUACUUAUACAUUCUUGGAGGAAAACAAGUUGUUGAUUGGUUGAAGACCUUUGGCUGCUCCCUAGUGGAAUGGGUCCAAAAUAUUUUUGAUUUAUUGGAUAAUGUCGAAAUGAGCCAUGGACAUACUUGGCCUGGGAAUCUUUAUUAUUUGUUAUGUUUUAGCAUGUGUUUAUGUAACUCCGAAUUUUAAGUAUUUCUGUUUGACGAGAAUUGUAUCAAUAAUUGCCUGGCUUUUUGUUCACAAUUUACAAAUGAAUUGUUUAAAAGCUGAUGACUUCAGGCAUAUUGCCUUGUACUUCAAAAUAUCAUGUCAUAAAUAACAUUUGGAAAUCUGCGUAGCCAA